GGUCCUUCAACUACCUCAAGUUCUUCGAGCACAUGCGCAAGUUCCACGCCCUGGAGCAGCUGGACGACGCCAUCCGCAAGGCCUUCCAGGUCCUGGACAAGGAUAAGAGCGGCUUCAUCGAGUGGAACGAGAUCAAGUACAUCCUGUCCAUCAUCCCCAGCAGUGGGCCCACAGCCCCGCUGACGGACGAGGAGGCCGAGGCCAUGAUCCAGGCGGCGGACGCAGAUGGGGACGGAAGGAUCAACUACGAAGAAUUUUCUGAAUUGAUCAAAAAGGAGAAAAUUCCAAAGAAGAAGUAGCACCAUGACCAGCCCUGGCCAGCCGAGGGGCUCCUAUGGGGUAACUCGGGGGGACCGCGUGCCUGGGCAGAAGUCGCUGGGGCAUGUGGGAGGAGGCCGCCAUGAGGGUGGACUCAGCUCUUGCCAGAAAAUGGAAGAAAAGCUGCAUUAAGUGAAUGACGCAGCCUCGUGUGUCUGUUGGGGGUGCUGGUGUGAACGGGGGUGGGGGCAGGAUCAGGGCCAUGGGUGACGACAGCUGGGGGCAGGGCGGGCAGGUGAGGAGUAGGAGGAAGACGGCCUUCUCCCAUCCCUGAGCCCCACCUGGCUGUGGGCACCCCCGAGGGCGGCCUUGCCGUGAGGUCCCAUCCAGGUGGGACUCCCGGUCAGCAGGUACAUGGUACUCUCUGGGCCCAGACCCCUGAAGGGCCCCCUCCUAAUCUGCAGUGGGCCUGGCCUGGGGCCACUCGGGGCCACACACCCCCACUUCACACAGCAGCUGCCUGAAUGUGGUACGGGGACACCUGCAGCCCCCGGGUGCCCCUAGUUCUAGGCAGAAGCACCC